AUGGGACGCCUCAGUCGUGGAUGUCUGCGCUGCCGGCAGCGUCGUGUCCGCUGCGAUGAGGGGCGGCCGUCUUGUCAGCGCUGCAUCCACCGCAACGAGAUUUGCGAGGGAUACCGCGAUGAAUCGUCACUCAUAUUCCGCCACGAGACGGAAAAGGUGAUUGAAUACUCGCGCGCAGUGCAAAAAGUGACUCCACCGAGUUACAAGGAUCCAUCGCAUUCUCUCCCGCGGAAACGAAGCAGAUCUGCCAAUGCCAGCUCAGCUUCUCGACGGUCGUCGUCUUUCUCAUCGUCACUCGCUCCAGAGGAAGCUUCGGUCAUCACCUUGCGCAAUCCCCAGCCGUGGCUCAAGGAGCUGCCGGCACCAUUCCAGCAGCCUCUAGAAGAACAGGCUGUAGAUCAGUUCAUAGAUAAAUAUGUCUUGUAUCCCUGCAAUCAGACGUCUUCUCCCGGCUUCUUGGAGCAUCUGCCUUGCAUGUUUAAAGAGGUCAACGUUGAGGGCCGGUACGCGCUUCGCUGGGCUGUUCAGGCGGCAGCAUAUGCAGACGCCGUCUCACAAAAUCAAGAGCGCAAUGCACUUACAAGUAAAGCUCUACAAUGUUACGGCAUGGCACUCAAGGCUUUAGGAGAGUCACUCUCUACACCAGGCAAAGAACCGGAUGACUAUGAUCUAAUGACAGUAGUUGUGCUGGAUAUUUUUGAGACAUUAUAUACUCCCAACGAAGUCAGCAAAGGAUCGCACGUCCAGGGAAUGGCGCAACUGCUUCGUUUGCGUGGUAGUAAUCUGGUCUACAACGCGCGCGGCUGGAGUCUUUUUCGACUUGCACACCAUCGAAUUCAAAAACACCGAUUAGCAUAUCAUGUGUUGCAAAUCCCCGAAACGUCAACCUUGCUCAACGAGUUGAAUGGCAGCGAGCCCUCGGUCCGCCUCGAGAAGAAUGCCGACGACAUCCUUGAGACAUGCAAGCGGGCGCGGACCCUGUUAGGCCUUAUCACUGCAGGUGGGCUACCGGCAUCGACUGUUGUCGACAUGAUCAAGGAGUUACAUUCCUCCGAUCAAGAAGCAGUCAGUUGGCGGCAGACAUCACAGUGGUCUUUUACCAGCAUAGCCGUCUCGGAACGGCCAGAUCUCGCUUCAGCAGCGCAAGGCAUCACGGAAACUAUUCAGCUGCAUUCGGAUGUAUGGAUGGCCUACGAGUGGAACUAUCACAGGACAGCGCGCAUCAUCUUUCUACAGCAACUACUGCAAUGCUCCAGAGCCGCUCUAGAGACCCCAGAUCUAGAAGAGGCCUAUGAGCAGACGCUUCACAAUACCAUCGCAGAGUGCAUUUUGACGAUUCAUUGGCUAGCCGACGAGUUUCUUGCUACCGUCCCUCAGUCUCUCGGGGAUGUUAAUCAGAUGGGUCGGCUCCAUGAUAGCAACGACGGCCCGCCUCGCUGCCGUGCCAUCGGCGGAUAUCUGCUUCUAUGGCCGACCCGUACCGUCAAGGCGGAAACAUCUGCAGUAAGCGUAGAGCAAAAAGAGCGCGCGCAGAGGGUGUAUGAAAAGAUUCGCGAAUGUACCGGAAUGAGAGAUCUUCUAGGCGAUAAUAGUGUCAUCUGA